GAGUUGUAGUUCUCCGCCCUAUCUCGGCCCCCUCCUGUUUCCGGUGCCGUCACGGGACAGAGCAGUCGGUGACAGUCCCGAGGGCCCCCGCCCCGCGCCCAUGGCCGAGCCGGAUCCCUCUGACCCUGUGGAGACCCAGGCAGGGAAGGUGCAGGAGGCUCAGGACUCGGAUUCAGACACUGAGGGAGGAGCGGCCGGCGGCGAGGAAGCAGAGAUGGACUUCCUGCGGAAUUUCUUCUCCCAGACACUGGGCCUAGGCACCCAGAAGGAGCGUCUGCUGGAUGAACUAACCCUGGAAGGGGUGGCCCGCUAUAUGCAGAGCGAGCGCUGUCGAAGGGUCAUCUGUUUGGUGGGAGCUGGAAUCUCCACAUCUGCGGGCAUCCCUGACUUCCGCUCCCCAACCACGGGCCUCUACGCCAACCUGGAGAAGUACCAUCUUCCCUACCCAGAGGCCAUCUUUGAGAUCAGCUACUUCAAGAAACAUCCAGAGCCGUUCUUUACCCUCGCCAAGGAACUCUAUCCAGGGCAGUUCAAGCCAACCAUCUGUCACUACUUCAUCCGCCUGCUGAAGGAGAAAGGGCUGCUUCUGCGCUGCUACACGCAGAACAUAGACACACUGGAGCGAGUGGCGGGACUGGAGCCCGAGGACCUGGUGGAGGCCCACGGCACCUUCUACACGUCGCACUGCAUCAGCCCCGUCUGCCGGCAGGAGUACAUGCUAAGCUGGAUGAAAGAGAAGAUCUUCUCGGAGGUGACCCCCAAGUGUGAGAAAUGUCAGAGCGUGGUGAAGCCUGACAUCGUGUUCUUCGGCGAGAACCUCCCAGCGCGUUUCUUCUCCUGCAUGCAGUCAGACUUCCUGAAGGUCGACCUCCUCAUCAUCAUGGGCACCUCCCUGCAGGUGCAGCCCUUUGCCUCCCUCAUUGGCAAGGCGCCCCUCUCCACCCCGCGCCUGCUUAUCAACAAGGAGAAGACCGGCCAGACUGACCCCUUCCUGGGGAUGAUGAUGGGCCUUGGAGGAGGCAUGGACUUCGACUCCAAGAAGGCCUACAGGGAUGUGGCCUGGCUGGGUGACUGCGACCAGGGCUGCCUGGCCCUUGCCGACCUCCUCGGAUGGAAAAAGGAGCUGGAGGACCUUGUACGGAAGGAGCAUGCCAGCAUAGAUGCCCAGUCGGGGUUGGGGACACCCAACCCCACCACCUCAGCCUCCCCCAAGAAGUCUCCGCCUCCUGCCAAGGAUGAGGCCAGGACCAAGGAGGGAGAGAAACCUCAGUGACAGCUGUGUCCCCCAGGCAGGAUGCCCAGCUUUAGAACAGCUGAGCCCCAAUCAGCCCUGGCCCCCUCUAACUUACAGCUCUUUUCUGGGGAGCUCAGAACAUUUCCUCAAUCUCUUAACUACUCUCUCCCAAAACUGGGGUCCCAGCACCCCUGACCCCAGCAAAUCUCUUAACAUUUUAGGGGCUGAGGCUUGGGCAGCCUGCCUCUAACAGCCCACAGCCUCUAACCACCCCCAGGGCUGAGGAUCAGCCGCCCCUAAUCUCUAACUGCUCAGAGGCCAGGGGUGCCUUCAAACGUCUAACUGUCCCAGGACAAGGGCCCCAGGACCCCCCCACACUCUCUACUGCUCCCAGGGACCCAGGGCAAGUAGAUGAAAUCUAACCUACCCUGGGUGGUGGUGUGUGCCCUCCAAACAGAACUCCCACCCAGUGGUGGGGAAUCUGAGCCUCGAGGCCUCCCAAGACUCUGCCUCCAGCUCCCAAAGUGGGUGCUGGGUCUCCUCACUCAGGACCCACUUCCCAUGCGGGGGUGGGCAGAUGGUGUUGCUUAUUAGAGACAAAUUAAAAACAAAAACAACUAACAAA